CCCCGCCUCCCGCCGGCAGACGCCGGAAGUGAGCGUUGCUGAGGCUCGGAUGUGGGGCGAAGGCGACCGUGGGGAGAGUGUGUCUCGACCGAGGAAGAAAAAUGAUUCUUUUACGGAGGCCCCUACUUCUGUUAAGAGCUUAACCAGUAGCCUCUGACUACGUCUAGCCCCCUAACCGGACUGCUUCCGUGUAGUUUGUCCAUUUCACCGCGGUCUAGUAUUAGUGAAAAGCACUUGGAUUCAGCUCCUUCAUUUCCAACAUGGAAGAAACUUACAUCGACUCCCUGGACCCUGAAAAGCUAUUACAAUGCCCCUAUGAUAAAAACCACCAGAUCAGGGCCUGCAGAUUUCCUUAUCAUCUUAUCAAGUGCAGAAAGAAUCAUCCUGAUGUUGCAAAAAAAUUGGCUACUUGUCCCUUCAAUGCUCGCCACCAGGUUCCUCGGGCUGAAAUCAGUCAUCAUAUCUCAAGCUGUGAUGACAAAAGUUGCAUUGAGCAAGAUGUCGUCUGCCAAACCAGGAACCUCGGACAAGAGACUCUGGCUGAGAGCUCAUGGCAGUGCCCUCCUUGCGAUGAAGACUGGGAUAAAGAUUUGUGGGAACAGACCAGCACCCCAUUUGUCUGGGGCACAGCCAACUACUGUGGCAACAACAGCCCUGCAAGCAACAUAGUUAUGGAACAUAAGAGUAACCUGGCUUCAGGCAUGCGAGUUCCCAAAUCUUUGCCGUAUGUUCUGCCAUGGAAAAACAAUGGAAAUGCACAGUAACUGAAUAUCAAUCUCAUCAAGUAAGUGUUUCAGUUUUAUUUCACUAUCUCUUCAGAUGAUAGCAAGAUUUAACUGGACAUAAAGCAAUUUGGGUCCAAUUUUCUUUCAGAUUAUGGUACAAAUUAAAGCUUUGGGUGUGUGUGUGUUUUUUAAGUGUAUAGCCUCUGUUAUGGCUUUACAUGCUAAUGAAUAGGCAUUUACUGGUUAAAUUAGAAUUCUGUUAACACGCCAAGUUGUUUUCCCUAACAUUAGUACACAUUGCUUUUCUUUUUUUUUUUAAUCAAAGUUGCAUUCUAGAUCUAUCAUGCCUCUUUUAAUGGACUGAGAUUAAUCAGACAGCUGUGCUU